AUGGUCAUCCAGGAUCCUAUCCAGAAGGAGACUUCCUUGCAACGCGCGGCACGACUCAAGCGCGAGGCCCGAGAACGCGGCUUCAUGAAGUCAAAAGCGCAGCUCGCAAAGGAAGCCGAGCAAGCGCGUGAAAAGGCCUUGUCCACGUCUUUAUUUGAUGCGCCGCGCACGCAGCAGAGCAAGGGACUCGCCAUGAUGGCCAGGAUGGGAUUUACUGGUGGAGGACUGGGCAAACAGUCUGGACAAGGCAAGCCCUCGGGCAUCACGGAACCCAUCAGCGUGACCGUGAAGGAUAACCGUGGCGGCAUCGGUCUCGAUGCCGAGAAGAGGAGGCGCGCCGAGGAGUCCGGCGAGGGACAGCCGGCGGCUAAAGCGGCCAAGCUGGUUGACGACAUUGACCCAGCCGCGUACAGAGAACGAAUGAGCAGGGAACGUCUGGUCGAGAAGCUGGAAAGGCAGAUUACGGCGGCCCAACGAGUUGCAGCAACCCUCGAUGGUAUAGACAUCGCCAGCGAGGAAUCCGAAGACGAGAGACGGCCGGAGCUUCGCAUAUCAAAACGGCGCCUCAAAACACUUCCCAAGGAGUACAGAUCGUACAUCCGGAGGCUGCAAAGCGAGGACCGCGAAAAGCGCGCCCGCAUCCAGCGUGAGCGCGCCAUGCUCACCUCCCGCUUCGACCGCGAUCUCAACGGUGACGAAGACGACGACGAUCUCACCGCCCUCGGCAGAAAGCUCGAAGAGUAUGUUGAAGAGGAGGACUUGGACGACACCGACGAGGAACUGGAAGAAUUCAUCAAUCUCGAUACUGACGAGCAAUUGCGCAGCGUCGUCGUGUAUCUCCGGAAGAAUCACAACUAUUGCUUCUGGUGCAAGAUGGCGUACCCUGACGAGGGUAUGGAAGGGUGUCCGGGCACGACGGAGGAAGACCAUGAUUGA